AAGUACGGCGAGCACCUGUCGAAGGAGGAGGUCGAGGCCUGUCUCACCCACGUCGAAUAGGACUGCAGCUGUAACAGCAUGGUUGAAUGAGAAUUGGCCAAACGCCACUGCUAUACGGCCUCGGGAUCAACGUCUCAGUCGCACAGGCCAACUCGCUCCUGUCCGCAAAUACCCCAGCUGCGCGAUUCGAUCAUUGGAACAGAGACCGGACGUGGGCUGGAACCUUGAUAUACAGUACGCCGUGGGUCUUGCAAUUAACAUUCCCGCCCACUUCAUUACUGUCGGCGGCUCCUUCGACGAUGCCCUGCUCGACGCUGCAACUACCUCCUUAGCAUGGACAUCCCGCCGCAAGUCGUCUUAACCAACCACGGCGACAACGAAAAA